AUGCCAACAGCACCAGCAACUACCACAGUGUCUCGUCGAGAGAUCGACACGAAGCAGUACCGUCCGGUGAAGCGUGAGCGGGAGCAGCCGCGUGAGGGCGAGGUGCAUGUGAGUAACGCAGGGGACGUCGGUCUGUAUGCAUUGCAGGCGGUGGAGAGUUUCAACAAGGACUUGCGAGAUGAGGUUGUGAUUCGUGGUUCAGGGUUCGCAGUGGCAGUAGCGAUCACGGUUGCGGAGUUGAUCAGACAUACGGUUCCGGGUAUCCAUAAGGUGAUGACUACGGGUGUUGCCGAGCUUACUGACACGUACGUGCCCAAUAACGAGAGUGACCCGCAGUUGGCGGUGAACCGACGGGUUCCCUACAUCGUUAUCACCCUCAGCAAGAAGAAACAGGAGGAACUCCCGCCGUUCUCCGGCUAUGCCGCACCCCCCUCUGAAGAGGACAUGAAAGCCAGCGUUCAACUCGCGAACGUACAACGCCUCGGCGGCUCCAGAAACCCCCGACGCGCAUCUGGCAGAAGACCCCAAGGAUCUCGCGGCGGCAAUCGCAACGAUGGCAACCGUAAUGACGGCAAUCGCAAUGACGCUCCCCGCAACGACCGCCAGACUACCUACACCGACAAUUACGCCGGAGACGGCUCUAGUCAGUAA